GGGGUUGAUGCCGUGGGAGCGGCAGCCUGGCGUGCGCGGCGGAAGCGGCCGGGGCCGCCAUGGGGGGCUCCGCCAGCCUGCUGCCGCGGGAGGCGCUGGGCGAGUACCAGGAGCUGACGUUCCUGAGCAAGCAGGAGAUCCUGCUUGCCUACAAGAGGUUCAGUGAACUGCUGCCAAAGGAGGAGAGGGAGAAUGCCUGCUCCGCGCGCGUUCCCAAGAGCCGCAUCCUGACGCUGCCGGAGCUGCGGGCAAACCCUUUCCAGCACCGGAUCUGCCAUGUGUUCUCCACCUCGGAUGACGGGGAUGACAGCAUGUCCUUUGAAGACUUCCUCGAUAUGCUGAGCGCCUUCAGCGACUCUGCGACCUCAGACAUCAAAUCCCACUACGCCUUCCGCAUCUUUGACUUUGAUGACGAUGGGACUCUGGACAGAAAGGACCUGGAGAAGCUGGUGAACUGUCUGACAGGACAGGGCGAGGAGUCCCGGCUGAGCAGCGCAGAGAUGGAGCAGCUCAUCCAAAACAUCCUGGAGGAGUCUGACAUUGACAAGGAUGGCACCAUCAACAUCUCCGAGUUCCAGCACGUCGUCUCCCGCUCCCCGGACUUCGCCAGCUCCUUCAAGAUCAUCCUGUGAGCGCCCUGUGGCUCUCCAGCAGAACUGCUCCUCCUGCUCCUGCAGCUCCUCGUGCUCUCUGAUGUUUCCUCUUCCAGCAGCAGCACCCACCUGGCUCACCAGCAGCACCGCACAGUGCCUUAGGCAGGACACCCUCCUGCUCCCUUUCAGAGGUGGCUCUGGAAGCUGCUGCCUUCCCGGCAGCCCCUCUGCCCUCCCAGGGUAGCUUUUUAACUCCUUACGCAAACCAAGGGCAGCUCUGGUGGGGUGCUCCUGGCUGGGGUCCCCUCUCUGCCCCCAGUACCAAUUUGUGCCUUCAGCAGCAAGCAGGGAGCUGCCUCCCCUCACCAAGCCCCUGCCCAGGGACAUGGAGCCAUUCAAGCAAUAACCCACACACGGAGUCGUUUCUCCAAGCAAUAACCACUGCUCUGAGCAGUGACCCAAGGGGCGCUGGGGAUGUGCUGUCCUGGCAGCAGAGCACAAGGCACCCGACCCCUUGGCACUGACCACACUGCUCCCCUUUCCUUCCCUGCCCCUCCUCUGGCUCAGCAGCCGCACUGCCCCGGCCUCUUCCUCCCUCUGUGCUGCAGGACACAAAUAAAGGGCUCUGGUUUCA